ACUCCACAAGUCCACAGCGCCUACGGUACACCAAACCAGAAGAAACAAGUACAAAUAAGCCCAGCAGCCGCUCCCCAAGGAUCCCUACCCCGCCGCCUGCUCGCUGGCCUCCCCAGCUCCAUGGGCGGCGGCUGCGCGCUCUCGGGGGGCUGCUCCACUGAUUACGCCGCUGUCGCCAUCGCCUCCGCAGCUCUUGCUUUGCUCAUUUUCCGUGCUCUUUUUCCCUUUGUUUAUAGAAGGGGCAAAAAAUAUUCUGGUAUUUGGCUUGUGAUAGUUCAAAUUGUUGGAAGCAUUGAUUUGCUGCUCUCGUUGGUGAUGUCAAUCAAUUUUCUGAAGAUAAAGCAUGGACAUCCUUGGAAAUCAUGUUAUCUUUGGGCAGUUUGGGCAGAAGGUCCUUUUGGAUUUGGAUUGUUGAUGAGUUGCCGCAUUGUACAGGGAUUUCAGUUAUAUCACUUUUUUGUUAAGCACCGGUUGCCACCAAUCAGGCCAUCCAUUAUGUUAGUAGUUAUACUCCUUCCAUGGAUUUGUGGAGCUGCUGUUUUUCAUUGGAACAAGCCUUUGAAUCACCGUUGUCACAUGCAGACUCAGUGGGUGAUUCCAGUAAUGUGUAUACAUGGGCUUUAUAUUGCUUGUUUAGUUGGCAUCACAUUAUCUAUCCGACAUAUUGAAUUCAGAUUUAGUGAAUUUAAAGAUCUUCUACAAGCAAUUAUUGUUUCAACAAUAGCAGUCGGAUUUUGGAUUGUUGCAUAUGUCAUGAAUGAAAUUCACGAAGAUAUUCCAUGGGUGCAAAUCUUCUCUAGAUUUUCCCUUCUUGUCAUGGCUAGUAUUCUGGUGCUGCUUUUCUUCUCAAUGUCUGUUUCUCAACCUCUGCAUUCACAAAUAAGAUUACGAAAGCAAGAGUCAUCUGCCUUUAUGACUAUGGGUGAAGCGUUAGGUAUAACUGGUAGAGGCUCAGUAAAGAAGAUCAAUGAGACUCAUUUCGAUCAGAACCAUCCAUUGGACAAGCUGCUUGAGAACAAAAGAUUCCGGAUGUCAUUCAUGUCAUUUGCGGACAGGCCGCCAGGUUAUGAUAAAAGUGUUUUCAAAUGUAGUUACUUUGCUGGAGAGAGUGUUCAUUUCUACGAAGAAGUGUAUGACCUGAAGAAGAUACCUGUGGAUGAUUCCAUCCGAAGAAUUUACAUGUCAAGACACAUCAUAGAAAAAUAUAUUGUCACAGGUGCGGAAAUGGAGAUAAAUAUUUCUCACAGAACUCACCAAGAGAUACUAGGCACAUCCGAUCUAACUCAUCCAAAUCUCUUUGACAAUGCAGUGGCUGAGAUAUUGCAGCUGAUCAAAUUGAAUUUGGCAAAAGAUUACUGGUUGUCCAUGCAUUUUGUAAAGCUGAAAGAAGAGAUGGAGAGAGGGUCCAACGUCCCUGAGCUCAUGCCAUUGGAUUACUCACCGAGAGUUAGUUUUGUUCGGUGUACUGAUGAUCCUUUUUGCGAAGAACACACUGCGAAUUGUAACUGAACGAUUGACAUGUAAUAUGAACGCCGUUGUAUGCUUGGAUGAGCCUUAUCACACCCGAAAUUAAAAGAGUGAUCUUUUUUCGUUUUAGUAAAA